AUGGACUCCAUAGUCACCAGACCCGCAGUGGCAGACCCUCCUCAGUCACUUGCUGCGUCGCAUGACUCCACACCCGCCUUCAUGAGUGUACUAGAGCCGUACAAGCGCUCUGGGCAGAGGCCUCCCAUGGCGUCCAGCGGUGCCACUCAGCAGCAGCGGCUCCAACAACCGCUGCACACGGGCAAAAACAAGGCCACAACAUCUGCGUUGACUGCUAGUAGCUACGUGUUGCCGCACGGCGCAGGUGCUGUCGCGCGUGGUGACCAAAACCGGAAGACGGAUGGCGCUCUUUGUGGCAUGCAUAACUCGUAUGCGUCGAUCCCGGCAGCGCCGCUCGAUCGUCCGUGUGACGAGGAGUUUGACGCGGUGGAGCGGCGGGCUCGCAUGGCGCUGGAGCAUAUCGCGACACGGGAUGAGGGCUUGGAGGCGAACAUAGGUGAUCAUAUCGAGGUUCUGCAGUCGUACCGCGCGUCGUGCGAGGCGCGUGCGAUGUACCGCGAAGCGUACCUCGUGCAGCAGGUGCUGCAGAAUCUGCGACUGGAAGAGGAGAGUCGGCACGUGCGCGGUAUUACCGAACAACAGAUGGAGGAGCGCAGAAUGCUUGAGGAGGCGCACCGGCAGGAGUUCCGGGAGUUCCACCACUCCUGGAAUGCACGCAUCGAUGCCUUUGAGGAGGAGCAGCUGGAGGCGGAGCUCGCACUGCUGGAGCGGCAAAACGAGGAACUAAUUGGCUUUCAGGAAGAGAUGCGAAACUUCCAGCCACGUCUUAUCAAGUACAGCCGCACGCUGCUCGAGUCUCGCCUGAAGCAGCAGACACUGGCCAAGCAGCGCGACUACGUGGGGGCUCAGGCGCAGAAGGUACAUGCCGAAGCGCUCGAGGUAGCCGAUAUGGAGCGCUUUGAGGCUGCCCGUACGAGUCUGUUUGAGCGUCGCGAGUACGCCUCGCGUCAUCGCCACCAGCAAGAGCUAUACGCGCUUCGUACAAAGAUGGAGAGCCGCCGACUGUACCUUGAACGGUACCGCAAGCAGGAGCUCGAUGUACUCUUGCAGCGCUACAUCAACGUUCGCCGCUCUAUGGAGUCGCAGCAGAACAUUGUUCGCAACAAGACCGGCACACUUCUCCUGAAGCACGCGUGCAAUAGAAAAACAGAUAACAGCGGGACAGCCGUACUGGUGGAAAGCGCCGGCUCUGGCACCUUCGGAACCGUGGUGCAGCGACGACAGGCCCAGGAGCUCCGUGCUUUGCCGAGCCAGCCGGAUGGCGCCUACACGGCAGGACAUAAAGGAGACGAGAUAUAG